CUCCCCGCCAAUAAUCACAAGCUCACACUUUACUCCAAAAGCUGCCUUGUUGCGCUGCUGCUGUACCACCACACCACCACCACACACGCGCAAUGUCCAACCUCUUCUCUGGAAUAAAGGCCCAGAUUCGGGGAACCUCUGCCAAGGCAGGGAAUCCCGUCAAGAGCCCGACCGCGUCGGAGGCUUCAGCUCACGCCCAAGCACAAGCACAAGCCCAUGCUCAAGCACAAGCUGCUGCCUCUUCCCGGUCUGCAGCCGCCGCGGACCACCAUCCGUCAAUCAGCUCUGUGUCCAGCUCAGCAGCGCCCAAAGUGUCUCUUCCCGAGUCCCUGUCCUUUGCAAAGUCAAUAGACGCUGUGGUUCCAACGCCCCUCGACAUCCCCCGGCCGCUACCGCUAUGGCUCAACACAGCCUGCGCCAAACACAUUGUCAAGGGAAAUUUCAUGACGCUGAGUGCUCGGCCAAAGACGGUUGAGCAUGGCGAGUGGGUAGCACACCAGGUGGUCGAGCACUAUCGUAACCUAUGGAACUUUGUCCGAGUCGUUCACGAAAAGGAAGACGACGGCACCAGCAUUUGCAAUCCCAUGACAUGCCCCAAGAUGUCUGCCGGCAAGAACCACUCCUAUACCUGGCUCAACAAAAACCACGAGCCGGUGGAGCUGCCCGCCUUCGAGUACAUGAGUCUCAUGCAGCGGUGGAUGUCUGGCAAGAUUGACGACCCUGCCCUAUUCCCUACCGACCCAGAUACAGUGUCGUUUGCUACCCAUCCAGACUACACCAGCACCGCCAUCCAGCAACUCAGCGGCGCCGACGACUGGUUUGGAGGCAGAAGCGGUUUCCCCAAGCAAAUGUCCAGUACCUGCCAGCUCAUCUUCCGCCAGAUCUUCCGCGUCUACGCUCACCUCUACUGGGAUCACUUCGUCGAGCCUUUCUAUCACCUCAACCUAGAGAAGCAGCUCAACAGCUGCUUUAGCCAUUUCCUCCUAACCGCAACGACGCUCGACAUGCUGCAGCCCACAGAGCUGGAGCCCAUGCAGUACCUCAUUGACCUUUGGGCGGCCGACGGCACUUUCCCUCCGGAAUCCAAGCCCUAUUCCUACGCCAACAUCGAGCGCGGCCGAUACAUCCAGAGUCUCAGCACUGGAGCUUGAUUGGAUCCGAGGACCAGGGGAAGAAGGAUCCAACUGCGGCUGCAGACCGAUGAUCCACUUAUUGCGUGUUUUGCGCUGCAGCAUACAGCGGGAAACUACAGGCCCGAUUCGAUAGGCCUCGUGGACCCUCUAACCGACGGAAAUGGGAGUAUGAGGGACUAAUGUGAUGGAAAAAGAAAGAAAUAGGAAGAGAGCUAACUGGGGCGCACCAUUUUUGAGACAUCGCCAGUGGAUAGGAUGAUCUGAUACCAUAGAACCAGGUUUCUCAGGUGAUGAUGAUUAUGAGAACCAUGGCCUCCUCGAACACUAUCUGAGGAGCAUCUAGUGAGGGACAAAUUCUGAUUCCCUUUGACUUGACUGCGUAAUGAACAUUGCUAGAUUUAGAGAGACCGUCUAUACGAAUAUACUACAAGUUAUUGCACAUGACUACAUUGAUAUCAC